UUCGUUUAUCGCUUUGAAAACUUUUGAAAAAUUUUCUGCAGCGAAAAUAUUUGUUUAAUAGUGAACUUAUUUUAUUUUGAUCAAAUACAAUAACUUCGGCAUGCACCAAUAUUUUCGUCGUAGGAAGGAUAUGCAGAGGACAUACCAAUUCAUACUGAUAACCAUUCUACUGCUAUUAGUUUUUGACAUAUUUCUCAACAAGCCAGAAUUGUUUCCAAGUUCCCGAAUUUCUCCUUGCUACUCGGAGCCGCCACCUGCAAGCGGAAAACUGAAUUCAACCAUUGAAAAAUCAGAAGAUUUGCUAAAUGUGCUAUCAACAAUGGAUUUGUCAAACCAAACAUAUUUUAUUGAUGGAUUCGAUCGGUUUGAUUGGUAUCGAUCUCAGUUGUUUAAACAAACAAAAGGCAGAUCGAAAAGAGCCAGCAACAUCAGUACUCUGUUUGCUUAUGAAUUUGAACACGAAAUCACUGUAACUACGACUUCUUGGAAUCGUAUGGGACACCGCGUCUACUGUCGUUAUCUUGAUGAUAACAAUGUCGAAAUUGGAAUCCCAUUCGAAAGUCUCACGUAUCCAGAGUAUAUUGCCAGCUGUAAAAAGAGAGAGGGCACCAGGAAAAUCGGUUUAAGCGUCGAAAGGGAUGGAGACUUUGUUCCAUUACCAAUUAUUGAUAGAAUGCUAAAAAAACCAAAAUACGAACUCUCCAUGUGUAUUGCAUCAAUUUACGGCGAUGAACCAAAAUGGUUGAUGUUUAUCGAACUGAUAGAGCAUUAUAAGUUACAAGGUGUCCAACACUUUUACCUUCAUAUUCAUCAUGCUUCCGAAUAUGAUAUGGCAGUGAUUAAUGAUUAUGUGAGAACGGGAGAAGUUGAAGUACACUAUCUUAUCGAAAGAGAUAUGCGAACUGAUGAUCAUUGGCAAAUGGUUAGUAUUGCGGAUUGCUUAAUAUGGUCCCGCGGAGAGACAAAAUGGACCAUCUUCGCUGACCUAGACGAACGAAUCUACAUGACAAACUAUACGGGAACAAUUUUGGAUUACGUCCGAGACAUCAAAAAUGAGAGUAUUGCAAGUAUUCAAUUCAGACAGCAAUGGAUAAUGAAAACUGAACUGACGCCUCCAAAAUAUGAAGGUGAUGGUCAGUUAGACAAAUGGAUGCCAACUCGUCGAUGGCAUAAUUCGAGUGGAAUUGGUUCACCGGGACAUACUGCAAAAUGUAUUGUAGACACAUCGAAAGUGUUUAUCAUGUUUGUUCAUUACGUGACACAGUUUUUCCCUGCGACAAAUGUUUCGGAAUAUGUACAAAUGCGUGUUGAUCCAGAGGAGGGUCUUGUCAGACAUUACCGUGAUCUUUCUCUCGGAGAUUGGGGACGAAUAUGGCUGAAUACAACUCUGCAAUUUGGUGCUCUACGAAACACUGACUAUCCAAGUGAAUUUCUUGGAAAACUGACGGAAAAUGUGAAACGGAGAGCUAAAUACGUGUAUGACAAUUACUAUUAUUGAUGAAUACAUAUAGAUAAUUUAUUGUGCUAGAUAAAAAAAAUUUUUAGUUGUUCAUAAUUGAUCUCAUCACAUGUUUGAUUUUUCAUCACUGUCCGUGUUCAAAUAUGAAGUUUUACU